AAUAGCCAGGUCAAGUUGACAUGAAUAAUUGAAAACUCUUUCGAACAAAAUGCUUCUCGUAUAAAUAAGUCUAUGGGAAGAGAAAAUUAUUGCAAGAACUGAGAAAAUGGAAAGUCUGUACCAAAUAUAUCCAUUCUUUUUUGCGUUAAUCAUAUUGUCAAUUGGUGCAUGGAGAGUGUUUAAUUGGGUUUGGUUGAGACCAAAAAGGCUUGAAAAGUGCUUAAGGCGACAAGGUUUUAGAGGAAAUCGCUACAGGAUGUUUAAUGGAGACAAGAAGGACAUGUCCGAAAUGAUCAAAGAAGCUAGAAAUUCCAAACCUAUCAGCUUAUCCGAUGACAUUCUUCCUAAAGUAGUACCACAUAUUUUUCAAACUGUCAAGAAAUAUGGUAAAAAUGCCAUAUUUUGGCAUGGGACAACUCCAGAGAUUUACAUUAUGGAUCCUCUUCUUAUAAAGGAGAUCUUUUCCAAGAUCUAUGAUUUUCAAAAGCCUCAUAAUCCUGUAGCGAAAUUGUUGGCACAAGGACUUGUCGGUGCAGAGGGGGUUCAUUGGGCCAAAAACAGAAGGAUUAUGAAUCCUGCUUUCCAUCCAGAUAAGUUGAAGAAUAUGCUGCCAGCAUUUUACCUGGGCUGCAAUGAGUUGGUGAACAAGUGGGAUGAAGUCUUUUGCCAGAAAGAUACCUGUGAACUGGAUAUAUGGCCUUCUAUUCAAAAUAUGAGCACCAAUAUUAUUGCACGUACCGCAUUUGGUGUUUCUUACCAACAAGGGAGAGACAUAUUUGAACUUCAAAAAGAACAAGCUUAUCAUCUUAUGGAAAUUGUACGUUCAGGACAUAUUCCAGGUUGGAGGUUUCUACCAACUAAGAGAAACAGAAGGAUGAAAGAAAUUGAGAAGAAAAUUCAAGCAACAAUUAGAGGUAUUAUCGACGAUAGAUUGAAGGCAAUGAAAACAAGGCAUGCUAGUAAUAAUGAUUUAUUAGGUGCACUGUUAGAGUCCAGUUUCAAAAAUGGACAACCUGGGAACAAGAAUUCUGUAAUGAACAUCGGCGACAUAGUCGAGGAGUGCAAGUUAUUUUUUCUUGCUGGGCAGGAGAAUACUUCUGUGACGAUAGUAUGGACAAUGUUUCUAUUAAGCAUACAUCAAGGUUGGCAAGCACGAGCUAGAGAAGAGGUUUUGCAAGCUUUUGGCCAUGAUGAACCAAAUUUUGAUGGACUAAAUCAUUUGAAAAUUGUCAACAUGAUUUUACACGAGGUUCUUAGGUUGUACCCACCAGUAACUUCAAUUAGUCGGAAAAUUUAUAAAGAAACUAAUUUAGGAGAUAUGAGUCUACCUGCUGGGGUGUUAUUGUUGUUGCCCACAAUCUUGCUACAUCAUGAUCACGAACUAUGGAGUGACGAUGCAAGACAAUUCAAGCCUGAGAGAUUUAGUGAAGGAAUUUCAGGAGCAACAAAAGGGAAAGUCUCAUUUUUGCCGUUUGGUUGGGGACCCCGUAUCUGCAUUGGACAAAAUUUUGCUUUGUUAGAAGCAAAAUUGGCGAUAGCUAUGAUCUUAAAACAGUUCUCCUUUGAGCUAUCUACAGCUUAUGUGCAUGCUCCAUACAAGAUAGUGGCUCUUCAACCACAAGACGGUGUUCACCUAAUUUUGCGCAAGCUAUAGCUUAUAUUUAUGUUACUAAUGUUCUUACUUCCUAGGUGUUUCAUUUGGACAAUCUGGAGCUUACAUGAAAACUCAAGUAUUUGUGUAAUAACUGAUAAAUUACAAUGA